AUGCAAGCUCCAAUGCAACAACAUUAUGCUCGGGGCAUGCCCCCGAAUGCCCAACGGUCUCCAGCCACGGCCCGUCGCCCCCCAGGGCCAGCCGGCGCAAUGCCUGUUCCGAUGCCACAACACGCUGUUCCACCACAGUACAUGGCGCGUCCCAUGCCCCACCCCAAUGAUGCUACCAUCCGGCGCAGUCGCAAGCCGACCGACAAGAACCUUCCCGACGGCAUUGAAGAUGUGAUCAUCGGCGAAGGUGUGCAGCAAUAUAAGAAGCUUCGCGACAUUGAAAAGCGAUUGGACGCCGCCGUUGUACGGAAGAGACUGGAUAUUCAAGAUUCCAUCAAUAAGACUGUCAAGAAAUAUCGGACUAUGCGUAUCUGGAUCUCCAACACAGUUGAAAACCAGCCGUGGCAAGGGCCGGGUAAUAACCCGGGCUCUGGUCGCUACAAAGUGCGCAUCGAAGGGCGGCUACUGGACGAUGAAACCGAUCCUACUGCUCCCGACGAGGACGAGAAGGAUGAGGAUGCCAUGGACCACGACGGAGCAGAGGAUAAGACGAAGAAGUCUGAAGCUAAGAAACAGCGUUUCUCACACUUCUUCAAGGCCAUCACCGUUGACUUUGACCAGCCCGCCGCGGCUGUUCCUGACGAGGUGAAGCCGGUCAAUUGGGUCAAGCCGAACACACAGCCCAACACGCCAGCGGCGCCGGCGGCCGAAUUUGAUAGCUUGCAGUUCUCUCGGGCUUCGCAAGAAAACCUGAAUGUCACUGUCAGCCUUGUCCGGGAUGAGGUUCCAGAGCGAUACAAGCUCAGCAAGGAGCUGGCUGAGGUUCUGGAUGUUGAAGAGGAGACUCGGAGUGGAAUUGUCCUGGGAAUUUGGGAUUACAUUCGCGCCAUGGAACUGCAGGGUGAUGAAGAGAAACGACAAGUGCGCUGCGACCACCGCCUAUUCUCGAUCUUCGGUCGGGAACAAAUGUUCUUCCCUCAAAUCCCCGAAAGCGUUGGUCCUCACACCAGCCCAAUGGAGCCAAUUAAGCUCCCAUACACCAUUCGCGUCGACGAGGAGUUCCACGCCGACGCCAAGCCCACCGUCUACGAUAUCCAGGUCGCAGUGGAAGACCCGCUACGCACCAAAAUGAUGGCUCUCACCCAGAACCCAGCGUACACAGCCAGCUUGCGUCAGAUAUCCUCGCUUGACGAGCAAGUUGCCCUGAUUGUUCAGGCUCUUACACACUCUCGCGCGCGACACUCGUUCUACACUGCUCUGAGCAAGGAUCCGGCUAACUUUGUUCGCCGAUGGAUCAACUCUCAGCGUCGUGAUCUCGAGACUAUCCUGGGCGAAGCUACUCGCGGUGGCGGCGAGGAUGGAAGCGGACCUGAGUUCCAAUACGGCGGUCUUGAUGGGCCAUGGGACUCGGAUGUUGCCAAGGAAGCUGUGCGUUACAUGUUGGCCAAACCCGAAGCUGCAGCUGCUCGAUAG